UGCGCCGCAAACGCGUCGCGGAAAUGUUUCGCUGCUUCAGCUGCUGCUGCCACCGUCCGCAAGAAAUCGAAAUCAAAAUCGAAAUCGAAACCGAAACUGAAACCGAAACCGAAAGCCGAAAUUGAAUUUUCAUUUAAAAUUUAAAGCCAUUCAAACGCAAAGCAAACGCGCUGCCGUCCCUUUUUGAAUUGCGCAUCCUUGGCAACCGUUAAGAAAACGCAGCAAACGCAUUGAAAACCCGAUACAGCGAAACGGGAAACGGGAAUCCAAACCGUUUGAUAGUUUUACUUUCCUCUCCCCAAAGUUCUCAGUUGGCGCCAUGAGGGAACCGCUGCCCGCGGCGCUGCUGACGGCGAUCCUGCUCCUGUGGCUCGGCUCGGCGGUGCCACCGACCACUGGAUCGGCGGUGCUCAUCUCCGACAUGACCAUGAGCGUGAUGGUGGAGCUCUCCUCGCGCCAUCCCUUCUGCAAGAUGCACACCGAUCGUGGGGAUAUCCAGCGCAUGCUGCUGCAGUCGGAUCCGCGCCGCAUACGCCAGGUGCCGCGCGAGUCGGUGAUGGAGCUGGAGGAGGUGUGCCGCCGGCAGGGAUCGUAUGGCCACGAGUUCCGCGGCGGCCUGGGCUUCAUCUAUCCGGGCACCAAGUGGUGCGGGCCGGGCACGGCGGCCACCAGCUACGAGGAUCUGGGCGCGCAUGCACGCGAGGAUCGCUGCUGUCGCGAGCACGACAUGUGUCCGGACGUGCUCAAUGUCGGCGAGUGCAGGCGGGGAUUGUGCAACCGCGGCACAUUCACCAGGAGCCACUGCGACUGCGACGCGCGCUUCCGGCGCUGCCUGCAGGCGGCGAACACGGAGACGGCCAACACGCUGGGCGCCAUAUUCUACAAUGUGGUGCAGGUGACGUGCUUCCAGGAGCGGAGCCCCUGCUCGGCGCACCAGAGAGCCGGCUACAAUCAGACGGAGCAGGAGGCCAUCUGCGCCCAGUGGCAGUACCAGCCGUCGGAGAAGUAUGUGCCCAGCCAGCCGAGAACCUCCUCCUAAGGGAGCCACGUUGACGACCUGGACUAGAUGAUGGACUCACGGACUCAUGGACUCACGGAAUCGGUUACAAAUCUACAAGCUAUAGUCAUAUGGUUAUCCUCGAUUGCAAUUCUUAAACCUGAACGAAAGCCAAAGAUCAAAACAGCCGAAACAGCGCGAAAGAACUAGAUGGGAAAAUAUAUCCACACAUAUAUUUUCAUAUAUUGAAUGCAUACAAAACAGAUCUAUACAUAUAUAUAUAUAUACACACACACGGAAACGUACAUAUAAAUAAAUAUAUUUACCAAGA